UAUUUUUUAUUAUUUUUAUAUUAUUUUCCGACAGUUGUUAUCUAUUAAAUCCGCUUAACGCAAUAUACGCACACCAAUAAAUUAAUAAGUCACUACCAGACCUGUUACAUAUUGCUCACAAAUUACUUAUCAGUGUUUGUUAUCAUCUUAUAAAGAGCGAGAUCGUUGAACAGACGAACAGUAUAGACGUAUAGUUUUCGGUCAUUAUCAGUUACAAGGCUUAUUUAAUUAUUGUAAUUUAAAGUUCAUUCAAUGCCAGUCUGUGAAAUUGAUUAUACUUAGCGUGUCACCAUUUAACUUUUUAUAUACUUGUAUGGGUUUCAAGAGCUUGCUUAGUUUAUCUUAUUCUUGCAGUAAACUAUCAUUAAAUAACUUUAGAAACAUGAGCAUCGAUAUCGGAGGUAUGAGAAUUAAAUAUAAGGAUAAAGAUGACACCUUUCUGGAGAAACAUUUGGUGUCCAAAGAGCCUUUUGGGCAAUUCAAGGCAUGGUUUGAAGAAGCUUGUUCUAGGAAGGAGAUUCUAGAACCUAAUGCUAUGUGCUUGGCAACUGUUUCCAAAGAAGGCUUUCCUUCAGCAAGAUUUGUGUUGUGUAAGGGAUAUGGAAAAGAUGGCUACAAAUUCUUCACAAAUUAUGAAAGCAGGAAAGCUAAAGAAAUGAAUGAGAACCCUAAUGUGGCAGCAACAUUCUACUGGGAAGUCCUAAACAGGUCUAUUAGGAUUGAAGGAUCUGUGGAGAAACUGGAUGAGGCAGAAUCAACAAAAUAUUUCCACUCAAGACCUGUGCCCAGUCAAAUAGCUGCAUGUGCAAGUUUUCAGAGCACUCCUAUUGAAUCAAGGGAUAUCUUGUGUGAAAGAGAAUCUGUUUUAGAACAAAAAUAUUUGAUUCCAGAAAAAGAGGUUCCAAAACCAACCUUCUGGGGAGGAUACAUAAUUCGCCCAAGAGCUGUAGAGUUUUGGCAAGGCCAAAGAGACCGGCUUCAUGAUAGAAUUAAAUUCAGGAAGCCCAAGGAGGGAGAGGUUCCUGAUGGAAAGCUCUUGCAUCAGGGAGAUGAUGGCUGGGUCUAUGAAAGACUAUCGCCUUAGAAACUUCUUUUAUUUGUAGUUGUAAGACCAAAACCGUGAAUAGUGAAUUUGUAGUGAUUUUAUUUAUACCAUUUAUUGUAAUCAAGUGAAAAUAAAUGUGUUAAGGUUUGUUAUGGUUAUUUA